AUGAGUGAUCACGACGGGGAAACUUCUGCAGGCCAAGGGGGUGGUGCCGCACUUCCUCGUCCCAAAAGACCGACUAUUAUCAGAGCAGCGGCGAAAGUUGCUCCUGCAGAGCCUCCUCCAAGACCAGCGAGCAGACCAAACAAUGUAAUCAGCCCUAACAGCUCACAGAAAGGAGACUUACCUGGCAACAAAAAACUGGAGAUCACUGUCAUCGAUGCCAAGCCAAUCAGUGAACUGGGAUUCCGAGACUUGAAAGGUUCAGCUGCUUAUGUACCUGCCUCAUUGCCAGUUUGUAACACUGAAUCUACAGGUGGGACACCAGCUCAGCAUACGCAGCUCAGAAGUCACCCUGAAGAAGACCAAGUUUUAUCUCAAGGAGGCGACAGGGUGCAGGAUCUUGAACAAGGUGGCAGUAUAUCACAGAAGCCUUCAGCUCCACCAAAAUCAAUGAAACCAACCAUAAUACGACCAAGUUCCAGAGUGCAACCAGCUACAGGUGAGGACAAACUGUUACCUGCACCGCCGCCUAGACCAGCAUCCUCUCCAAAAACAGAUCCUUCAUUGCAAAAGUCAACGUCUAAGCAAGGAAAUCCAAAUUUACAGCAACCACUCCAAGCCCAAGUUUCCUUGCUGGAAUCGUCUGAAACACCAUCCUCACAAAACCAUCCACCGGCACAAGCUCCAGUUUCCCAUCAGGCCCCUAAGAGGCCGCCACGUUUGCCAUCUUCCGGUUUGCCCAAACAGAAAUCCACAGCCAGUAUUCAAGAUACAAAGCUGGAAGCCAGCACUGAAAUGCAAUCACAGGAGACCCUAAUACAAAAUACAGUUCAUGACAUAGAGAGUCCAAAACCUGAACCAGCAUUAAGGAAGCCAAAACCAGUGCCCAAACCAAGGCCGGUAUCUGUGAAAUCCUCAGGAUUCACAGAUCAUGUUACCUCUGAAAACAGUGUAAAUAAGGAUACAAAUUCAAAAACUCUUUCUCCAGAGAUGUUCAUUCGGUCACCUGAGACACAAGAAGAAAUCUCUAGCCAAAACUCUAAAUGGUCAUCAGUUACAAUUGAUGAGAAAACAGCUAAAGAUGAACGGCUGUCAGUAGCACCUGUCCCACUAAAGAAACCACCACGAUUGAUAGAAAGUAUACCUGAGACAGUUUCUACAGCAGAU